CCCAAAAAACUGGGCAAAUUGCUGUCAAGUCGGACGCGCAGGUUCCAGGAGCGGUCCUGCGGUUCGCUGGACGACCCGCCAACAAACGCCUCGACAAGCUCCAUCACCUUCGACCGUCGACUCCAAGUGCGCCGUCCAGCCCUCCAGACAGUGAAGGUCACACCGUUGGAGGUUUUGCAGAGAAUCCGACGCGGCCUCAAGCAGACCGUCGUCUUCGUCUGCACGUGCUUCUCAUUCGCCCUCGUCAUGAAUGUCUUCCUGUGCGCCGUCAAGUGGUUCUAUCGCCUGCCGGACAACUCCACGACCCCAAGUCAGGCGAAUUCAACGCACCUCGAAGACGUAGUUGACACGCCUGCCCUCCUAGUCUACCUGCUGUCUUCCAGCCUGAUCCUCCUGAUUCCCAUCUCAAUGGCCGCUUCGAUGUGCAUUGAAAGAAAGACGCAAAAUCCGUCAGUUCUGAUUUUGGACUACGUCUUCCACCUGACCGAUGGCAAUCCCAAUUGGCUGGUGGUGGUGUUCCGCAGCUGUGGCCUCAACAUGCUGUGGACGGCGUACCUCUAUUGCAUCGUGCGAAGUCUACGACGAAUUUCGGUCACCGACAUGGCGGCCAUCAUCUGCAUUCUUCCACCCUACAGCUACCUCUUCAGCUGGAUUCUUGUCCCGAAGAAGUUCGUGGCUUUCAGGAUAAUCGCCCUCAUUUUGGCUUCUUGCGGGAUGAUAUUUCUCACCUACUUUGAUCCCAACAACAUCAGUUCCAAGGUCCUCGCUAUCUGCGGAGUUGUUCUCCAGUCCCUUUUCACGACAGUCAGGCGAAAUCUUAUCAAAGACCCAACAAUGCCGCGAACGACAGCAUUCUACGGAUGCCUGGGGUUGACGCACUCGCUUCUAACGUGGCCUCUGUUCGUGUGCACCUCCGUCCUGUCUUCCCUUGAACCGAUUGUCUGGUCCAAAUUUCCCUGGCUUCCGUUUCUCGUUGUGGCGUUGUCUGCAGGAGGUGAGUGGGGAGGCUUGCACUGUCUCUUGGCAACGAACAGGUGCAACCUCAUCCUCCACGAACUGUCCCUUCUAGCCAAUGGGAACGCCCUUUUUCGUCUGGAAAUUCUCGGAAUAUUUCUUGUGGCCGUAGGUCAUGAUAUUUACUGGAGAGGCGAUCUAUCCUACUUUGACAAGGUUCGAAUCACGAGCACCGUGCUGAUUGUCGGAGGAGGCCUAAUUACUGCGCUUCCGACUCGACUUUACGAGGUUAGGAACCCCUUUUUGCAUUCAAAACUCCAUAUUUUAUUUUAUUUUUUUCUCAAAAAUCGAAGACUGGGUUCAGCGACGACGCAGCCCCCUCGGCACGUACAGAGCCCCACCGGAAAGACGCACACCCUCCGGGCAGCCAAUGAAGCUGCGAGUUUCGUCUGUGGAAUCCACCGGAUCGCGGGUGAGCCUGGCAGCGAGAACUCUCCUUCGAAGCAGCAGCGUUUCUAG